UCGUGUGAAACAGAGGGGGAUAAAUGGGGGAGGAAGAAGACUAGGAUUAUUCUGCAACAUAUUAUAUGCACGCAGUUGACAGUCCCACCUCGUUUAAGUUUCCCCUCCUACACUUUCCUCUCCCUUGGCACCCCGAAACCAAAAGAAAGCGAGAGAGAGAGAGAGAGAGGGAAAAUAGAGCGAAAACGGUGAGAAAGUGAAGAGAUAGACAGAGACAAAGAGCGAGAAAGUGAGGGAAAGAGAUGAAGCACAUUUUCAAGAAGCUUCACUUAGGGAGCAAUCACGACCCCAUCCGAUCGAACGAAAACCCUAGCCCAACCACUGCGACGACACCAUCGUGCGCCUCCGAUAACAGCGCGAUUUACGGGCAAGGCCAGAGCUCCGGCGCCGCUCCGGCGAGUCCUUUAUCGCCUUCGCCGCCUCCGGCUAGCAGCACCACGGUUUCCGCACCAUCCGCCGCGGCGGCCAAUCCCGCUGACUAUAUGUCGGAGGAGGAGGAGUACCAGAUUCAGCUGGCCAUGGCGAUCAGCGCAUCGAAAUCGGAGUGCCAAGACGAUCCGGAGAAGGAUCAGAUCCGCGCCGCGACGCUGCUGAGCUUGGGCGGUCAUCAGAUCGAUUCGACGAGGGUUAAGGACGGGGUCACGGCGGAGGCGCUAUCGAGGCAGUAUUGGGAGUACAAUGUGCUUGACUAUGAGGAUAGAGUGGUGGAUGGUUUUUAUGAUGUAUUCGGGCUUUCCACAGAUUCAGCAAACCAAGGAAAGAUGCCGUGUCUCACAGAUCUUGAAACAAACCUUGGGAGUUCUGGCUUUGAAGUUGUAAUGGUCAAUCGCACAAUCGAUCCUGCUCUAGAAGAGUUGCUGCAAAUUGCACACUGUAUUGCUCUAGACUGCCCUGUAGCUGAGUUUGAUGUGUUGGCAAAAAGGCUUGCUGAACUAGUUAAUGGACACAUGGGUGGGCCUGUGAAGAAUGCUGAGAUAAUGUCGGCACGGUGGAUGGAGAGGAGAACAGAGUUGAGGACAUCUCUUCCCACAAGUGUGUUGCCUAUUGGGUCGAUAAAUGUUGGCCUUUCUCGACACCGUGCUUUGCUUUUCAAGGUAUUAGCUGACAAUAUGAGGAUGCCUUGUAGACUAGUAAAAGGUAGUCAUUACACCGGGGUUGAGGAUGGUGCUGUCAACAUAAUAAAGUUGAAGGAUGAAAGGGAGUUUUUGGUUGAUCUAAUGGGAGUUCCUGGAUAUCUCAUACCAGCUGAUGCUCCAAGUGCAAACGAAGCUACCUUUAACCCAUAUAAUCCAAAAGUAAACAAAAUCCCAUCUCUCCAUUCCUCUAAUGACAGUGGAGUUGCUUACUUCAGACCAAAGACUUUACUUGGCGAGGGCAGCAGUCAAAAUGCUGAAGUGGAGAGUAGCUCACCCUUGGAUAAAAGGUCAAGUUCUGAAAAGUCCGAGUCCAUACCCCCAUUCCUGCCUGCAAGUGGUGAUACUGUUGUUGGUUCGUCUGGUACAUCUAAUAGGCCAACUCCUGAUCAGUCAGAUCAUAUUUCCUCAUCAGGCAUUGGCACCUCCAUGUAUAAAGGCAGUCGCAUGGUCCCUGCAGUUGGUGAUGGUGUGAGGAUGAAUCUGAAUGUAGUUCCGUAUAACCAAAAUACCUCCGAGGACCCCAAAAACCUCUUCGCAGAUCUUAAUCCAUUCCAGAUAAAAGGAACUGGCAAAACUUCUGUGCAUAACAAAGCUACAGAGAAUAAAGUCGAUGAACUUCAGAGACUGAGAAAUAACCCUGUUUCUGGUCGACCCCCUGCACCAUUGAUGUGGAAGAAUCGAUAUGCUUGUAAUGAAGUCCCUCAGAAAAAGGAGUAUGAUUAUAUUGAGGGUCUGUUUCCAAGAAUUAAUCGGGAACCUAAUGACUAUAAUCAGUCAUCGUUAGCUUCCACCAGUUCGGCUAAGACUGGCAAGAUCUAUGGUGACAGUUUCAAAUCAUCUGGUAAUUCAAAUGCGUCCAGUAGAGACACUGAUGGGGAAAAUUCUGCCAGUGUCACCAGUUCCAUGUUGCAAGCUAGCAAAGGUCAGUUUAAAAAUAGGUUGCCUUUGGUUGAGGACCUGAAUGCUAAUCUAAAGGGAGAACGCCCCAGGAAUGGGGAGGAAUUGCAAAGUGACACAACAGAUGUGGUUAAAGAACAUGAAGAGCAUGGAAUUGGUUUCCAUGAUCGUAGAAAGUCCACGCACGAUAGAGUUAUGGGGACAAAUUUGAAAUUGAAGAAUCCAGAAAAUCCUAGCCCGUCUGUUGAUUCCAGCACAAAUAGGGUUGAUCAAAUGUUUGAUGUAGGAGAAUGUGAAAUUCCUUGGGAAGAACUGGUUAUUGGUGAAAGGAUUGGAUUAGGUUCAUAUGGAGAAGUUUAUCAUGCAGAUUUGAAUGGCACGGAGGUUGCUGUGAAGAAGUUCUUAGACCAGGAUUUCUCAGGUGCUGCUUUGGCUGAGUUCAAAAGAGAAGUACGGAUAAUGCUUAGACUGCGGCAUCCAAAUGUUGUUCUUUUCAUGGGUGCUGUUACUCGUCCUCCAAACCUUUCUAUCAUUACUGAGUUUCUUCCAAGGGGAAGCUUAUAUCGGAUUCUUCAUCGUCCUCAGUGUCAAAUUGAUGAGAAGCGCAGAAUAAAAAUGGCUCUUGAUGUGGCAAGAGGCAUGAAUUGCUUGCAUACCAGCACACCCACAAUUGUUCACCGGGAUUUGAAGUCACCGAACCUUUUGGUUGAUAAGAACUGGAAUGUCAAGGUAUCUGAUUUUGGGUUGUCACGCUUAAAGCACAACACUUUCUUGUCAUCCAAAUCAACUGCAGGAACGCCUGAGUGGAUGGCUCCUGAAGUUCUCCGAAAUGAGCCCUCAAAUGAGAAGUGUGAUGUCUAUAGCUUUGGAAUCAUUCUGUGGGAGCUUGCUACUCUGAGAUUACCUUGGAAUGGAAUGAAUCCAAUGCAAGUGGUGGGUGCAGUAGGUUUCCAGAAUCGUCGCCUUGACAUCCCCAAGGAAGUGGAUCCCGUGGUUGCUAGCAUAAUUUGGGAGUGUUGGCAGACCGAUCCAAACUUGCGUCCGUCAUUUGCACAGCUCACAGUAGCUCUCAAGGCUUUGCAGCAACUUGUCAUCCCGUCACAUUUGGACCAGCCAAGUUCUCCUCUGCCACAAGAGAUCUCAGUAAAUUCUACACCUUGAAAUCUCUCAUUUUCUCUAGUGUGAAUAAGGAGAUAUUUUUUGUUUCUUUGCCGUGAAUGUACUACACGAAUCUUUAAAAGGGAAAACAGGGAAAAAAAAAAAGGGAGAGGGGGUGGGACAAAAAAGGAAGAAAAGAAACGAAGAUUAGAAAGGCUUGUAGGACUAUGGUUUGUAUUAAAAUUGUGUAUGGAUUGCUGUUGCAGCCAAAAGACUGCAGCAGCACCUUUUGUACAGUUGGGUGUCCAUAGUUUAUAAUAUAUUUGUUCAUACCUCUUGUAAGACAAAAGGGGAGUUGUCAUUGUGAAGUAAAAUUGAUAUGAGCUUUGUAGUUGAAA